GCCGAGGGGAGGCGCGGUCCGCGCCCACUGGAGGAGCCGGAGCCGAGGCGGGCGCGCAGAGCCGGGCGCGCACGGCUGAGCAAAGGGUCGUCGGGGGUCCCCCGACCAUGGGCACGGCGGCGGCGCUCCUGCUGAGCCUGGCGCUCCUGGCGCCGCGGGCGGCCGGAGCCGGCAUGGGCGCGUGUUACGACGGCGCGGGGCGCCCGCAGCGCUGCCUGCCCGUGUUCGAGAACGCGGCGUUCGGCCGGCUGGCCGAGGCCUCGCACACGUGCGGCCGCCCGCCCGAGGACUUCUGCCCGCACGUGGGUGCCCAGGGCGCGGGGGCGCCGUGCCAGCGCUGCGAUGCCGCCGACCCCGCACUCCAUCACAACGCCUCCUACCUCACCGACUUCCACAGCCAGGACGACAGCACGUGGUGGCAGAGCCCGUCCAUGGCCUUCGGAGUGCAGUACCCCACCUCGGUCAACAUCACCCUCAACCUUGGGAAAGCUUACGAGAUCACCUAUGUACGGCUGAAGUUCCACACGAGUCGACCCGAGAGCUUUGCCAUCUACAAGCGCAGCCGGGCGGGGGGCCCCUGGGAGCCCUACCAGUACUACAGCGCCUCGUGCCAAAAGACCUACGGCCGGCCUGAGGGCCUGUUCCUGCGGCCAGGCGAGGACGAGCGUGUGGCCUUCUGCACCUCUGAGUUCAGCGACAUCUCCCCGCUGAGCGGGGGCAACGUGGCCUUCUCCACCCUGGAGGGCCGGCCCAGUGCCUACAACUUUGAAGAGAGCCCUGUGUUGCAGGAGUGGGUCACCAGCACGGAGCUCCUCGUCUCCCUGGACCGACUCAACACGUUUGGGGAUGACAUCUUCAAGGACCCCAAGGUGCUGCAGUCCUACUACUACGCCGUGUCGGACUUCUCUGUGGGCGGCAGGUGCAAGUGCAGCGGGCACGCCAGUGAGUGUGGCCCAGAUGAGGAGGGCCGGCUGGCCUGUCGAUGCCAGCACAACACCACGGGCACGGACUGUGAGCGCUGCCUGCCCUUCUUCCAGGACCGCCCGUGGGCCCGGGGCACGGCCGAGGCUGCCAACGAGUGUCUACCUUGCAACUGCAGCGGCCACUCUGAGGAGUGCACCUUUGACCGGGAGCUCUUCCGCAGCUCAGGCCACGGUGGCCGCUGCCUGCACUGCCGUGCCCACACAGCUGGGCCACACUGCGAGCGCUGCCAGGAGAACUUCUAUCGCUGGAGCCCGCGGACGCCCUGCCAGCCCUGCGACUGCCACCCAGCAGGCUCCCUGCGCCUCCAGUGCGAUGACUUGGGCACCUGCGUCUGCAAGCCCACGGUGACAGGCUGGAAGUGUGACCGCUGCCUGCCUGGAUUCCACUCGCUCAGUGAGGGCGGCUGCAGACCCUGUACCUGCAAUCCUGCGGGCAGCCUAGGCACCUGUGAUCCCCACAGUGGGCGCUGCCCCUGCAAAGAGAACGUGGAAGGCAGCCUGUGUGACAGAUGUCGUCCGGGCGCGUUUAACCUGCAGCCCCACAACCCCGCCGGCUGCAGCAGCUGCUUCUGCUAUGGCCACUCCAAGGUGUGUGCGGCCGCUGCCCAGUUCCGGGAGCACCACAUCCUCUCCGACUUCCGCCAGGGAGCCGAGGGCUGGCGGACCGGAAGCGUGGGGGACCCAGGACAUCCUGCACGAUGGAGCCCAGGGGGGCUCCUCCUGGACCCAGAGGACGAGGAGGCGGAGCUCACAGCACCAGAGAAGUUUCUGGGAGAUCAGCGAUUCAGCUACGGGCAGCCCCUCACACUGACCUUCCGGGUCCCCCGCGGCUCCUCACUCUCCACGCAGCUGAGGCUGGAAGGGGCAGGCCUGGCCCUGACUCUGCGGCAUUCCGGCUCACCCCGCACCCCGGACUCCGGGCAGGCGGGGGAGGUACGGCUGAAGUUCCUGCUGCAGGAGACCUCCGAGGACGUGGACCCUCCGCUGUCCACCUUCCACUUCCAGCGGGUGCUCGCCAACCUGACUGCUCUGCGCAUCUGGACCAGCGGCCACAGCACCAGCUCUUCCGGGGAUCUUCCUGACCCAGGGAUCGAACCCAGGUCUGCUGCAUUGCAGGUGGAUUCUUUACCAUCUGAGCCACCAGGGAAGCUUCAUAUAAAGGUCUUUUAUCCUCAUGCAAGCAUGUCUUCAGGUCCCGUGCUUCUGACUGAGGUCCGGCUCACAUCCGCCCAGCGGGGGCUGUCCCCACCAGCCUCCUGGGUGGAGACUUGUUCGUGUCCCCAGGGAUACACCGGCCAGUUCUGUGAGUCCUGUGCUCCAGGAUACAAGAGGAACACGCCCCUGGGGGGUCCCUAUGCCAGCUGUGUUCCCUGCACCUGUAACCAGCACGGCACCUGUGACCCCAACACAGGGGUCUGCCUGUGUGGCCACCACACCGAGGGCCCAUCCUGUGAGCGCUGCUUGCCAGGUUUCUACGGCAACCCCUUCACAGGCCAGGCCGACGACUGCCAGCCCUGCCCGUGCCCCGGACAAUCGGCCUGCACGACCAUCCCAGAGAGCGGAGAAGUGGUGUGUACCCACUGCCCGCCAAGCCAGAGAGGGCGGCGCUGUGAGAUCUGUGAUGAUGGCUUUUUCGGGGACCCACUGGGGCUCUCUGGGCGCCCCCAGCCCUGCCAGCCAUGUCAGUGCAGUGGAAACGUGGACCCCAAUGCUGUGGGCAACUGUGACCCCCUGUCUGGCCGCUGCCUGCGAUGCCUGCACAACACGACAGGUGCCCACUGCGGGCACUGCCGGGAGGGCUUCUACGGGAGCGCCCUGGCCCCUCGGCCCGCAGACAAAUGCGCGCCCUGCAGCUGCAACCCGGAGGGCUCGGUCAGUGAGCAGAGACCCUGUGACCCAGUGACCGGCCAGUGUUCCUGCCUGCCCCAUGUGACCGGACGGGACUGCGGCCACUGCAGCCCAGGCUUCUAUGACCUCCAGCCCGGGAGGGGCUGCCGGCGCUGCAAGUGCCACCCGUGGGGCUCCCAGGAGGACCAGUGCCACCCCAAGACCGGGCAAUGCCCCUGCCGUCCAGGCGUCGAGGGCCAGACCUGUGACCGAUGCCAGCUGGGUUUCUUCGGCUUUUCCGUCAAGGGCUGCCGUGACUGCAGGUGCUCCCCGCUGGGUGCCACCUCGCCCCAGUGCCACGAGAACAGCACGUGUGUGUGCAGGCCUGGCUUCGUGGGCUACAAGUGUGACCGCUGCCAGGACAACUUCUUCCUCACGGCCAGUGGCAGGCAGUGCCAGGAGUGCCCAUCCUGCUACGCCCUGGUGAAGGAGGAGGCUGCCAAGCUGAAGGCCAGGCUGACCCUGAUGGAAGGAUGGCUGCAAGGGUCUGACUGCAGCAGGCCCUGGGGACCGCUGGACAUUCUACAGGGAGAGGCCCCACGGGGGGACAUCUAUCAGGGCCCCCACCUGCUGCAAGGGGCCCAGGAAGCCUUCUUGGAGCAGGUGACAGGACUCGAGGGUGCUGUGAAGGCUGCCCGGGAGCAGCUGCAGGCGCUGGGCAGGAGUGCCCGCUGUGCCCAGGCUGGAGUUGAGAAGACCUGCGUCCAGCUGGCGGACCUAGCAGCAGCACUGGAGUCCUCAGAAGAGGAAAUUCUGCAUGCGGCCACCAUCCUCGCAUCUCUGGUGAUUCCUCAGGAGGGGCUUGGCCAACCCACCAACUGGAGCCAGCUGGCCACAGAGGCACGUGCCCUUGCCAGGAGCCACAGGGACACCGCUGCCAAGAUUGAGGCCACGGCUCGGAGGGCCCUGCUCGCCUCCAACACCAGCUAUGCACUUCUCUGGAGCCUGGUGGAGGGCCGAGCAGCCCUGGAGGCCCAGCAGGAGCUGGAGGACAGGUACCAGGAGGUACAAGCGGCCCAGAAGGCGCUGGGCACGGCCGUGGUAGAGGCGCUGCCCAAAGCUGAGAGGGUGCUGGCCGCCGUGCAGCAAGUCGGCGUGGCUGCGGCCCUGCACCUGGCCUCACCUUCUGCCCCAGCAUCACCGCCUCAGAAGUCCCAGGCCGAGGCCGUGAGCCUGAAGGUGCAGACGCUGGAGAAGACAGUCACAUCGAGAGAGCGCAUGGUGACCGAGGCUGCCUGGUCCCUGCAGGCCACCGCCCAGGCGGUGCUGCAGGAGAUGGAGCCCCUCACGCAGCUGCACCAGGAAGCCAGAGCCGCCCUGACCCGAGCUUCCUCAUCUGUCCAGGCUGCCACGGUGACUGUCAUGGGAGCCAGGACUCUGCUGGCUGACGUGGAAGGAAUGAAGCCGAGGUUUCCUCGGCCCAAGGACCAGGCCACGCUGAGGAGGAAGGCGGCUAUCGUCCAGGACAGGAUCCUUGCAGACUCGAGAAAGAAGACCAAGCAGGCAGAGAGGAUGCUGGGAGAUGCGGCUUCCGUCUCCUCCAGGGCCAAGAAGAAGGGCAGGGAAGCCGAGCUGCUGGCCCAGGACAGUGCCAAGCUCGCCAAGGCCUUGCUGAGGGCAGGGAAGCAGGAACACCGCCGGGCUAGCCGGCUCUCCAGCCAGACGCGGGCGACCCUCGGACUGGCCUCCCGGCAGCUGCUGGCCUCAGAAGCACACAGACAGGAGCUGGAGGGGACUGAGUGGGAUCGUGCCGGGCUGAGCCAGAUGGAACAGCAGAUCCGGGAGUCACGCACCUCCCUGGAGAAGGACAUCAAAGCCUUGUCGGAGCUGCUCGCCAGGCUGGGGUCGCUAGACACCCACAGAGCCCCAGCCAGGGCCCUGAACGACACCCAGUGGGCACUGGAGCGUCUGAGGCUGCGGCUGGGUCCCCCAGGGGCCCUGCAGGGGAAACUGAGGCUCUUGGAGCAGGAGUCCAAGCUGCAGGAGCUGCAGAUCCAGAGCUUCGAGAACGACCUCUCAGAGAUCCGCGCCGACAAGCAGAACUUGGAGGCCAUCCUGCACAGCCUGCCCGAGAGCUGUGCCAGCUGGCAGUGAGGGCUGCUGGGCCCUGAGGUGCCCCCAGACCCCGAGGUGCCCCCCUCCCUGGCCCAGGGCCUGUGCUGUGCAGACACACCCACCAGAGCCUGCUGCCUCGCACCCUCCCGAGUCCGUGCUCACACCCCCUCCCCUCCGGCAGGAGUGAGUGUGCAUUCAGAGCCCACCCAGGCGGCUACGGUGUGCACACCCCCAACAGCGUGCACUCCCACGCCGUACACGCCUGCACGUGCACAGGUACACGUGGGCACCUGCGAGUGUGCGCAGCACGCACAUGAACUAGUCCAUCCACGUGUGUUGCGCCUCCCCGCUGGACUCUGAACACCCUGUGACACGGACGUACCCGGGCAGGGUCGGUACCCAGGAGGCUGAGUCGGGGGCCAUCAGCAGAGAUCCAGGGCGGGUUCAGCUGGAGCCCCCAGCUCCAGACCUGCCUGCUGUCCUGCAGUGCCCCCACCCCUGACCUAUCUGUCAUCCACCACGAACACACAGCCCAGCCGAGCGACCAGGCAGGUCAAGAGAUGCAAGAUGCUAAGGCUUCUCGGCAGAGGAAGCUGAGGCCCAGGGCUCCUGGGGCCCUAGGGCAGCCUGCUUGCUCGGCCGGCCGGGGUGUGGCCCACCCUGGGAAGGGGCCUCGUUGUUGGCUUCAAGGAGUGCCUCCCUUCUCAAGAUCCUGGGACUGGGUCGCACUCACUGAAGGAACUGCCCACCCUGGGCCCGCGGCCCCUUUUAGGGUCAUGACCCUUUAAAGGGUCAUGGCCUGUCCAAAGAGCUGGGUCUCAUGGCCUGAGAGGGCCUGGGUUUUGGAGCUCUUUGUGACCCUGCCAACCCUGGUUGGCCUUUGACCGAUCAAUACUUCCCAAACUGGCCCCGCAGCCCUGCGGCCCCACCUGCCACAAGGCAGGCCCCGCCAGGUGCUGGGCGGGGAGGCCUGGCUGCCUUUCUACCCUGUCAUGCUGGGGAAUCCCCAUGCGGCCAGGCCCCCUGCCGACCUCUGCCCAGGAGUCUCGGCAUCUCCUCCUGGCUCUCUUACCUUUCCCUGGGCCCUCUUCCAGCAGAUGGCAGGGCCCUGGCACUAGGAGGGUGGGUGCCUGGCACGGGGAGGAGCCUAGCCCCUUCUCAAUGCCCUUUCUGCCUCCCCUGCCCCCAGCAGGGGCGACAGGCAGCAGCUCAGACCAACUCUGUUUAACCAGUUCUGUUUAACAUGGCAAUAAAGGACUCCCUUACUA